CAUCCACCAGCACCAGCCAUGUACUCCGCGCUCGUCCUCGCUAUCGCCGCCGGCUGCGCUUCCGCGCUCACCCUGCAGAAGCGCGCCGUGGACUUCUACGCGCCCACGGCGGGCGGCGGGUCCGAGCUCGACAAUGCGGGCGACGGGUACGGCGAGCCGCUGAACAUCAUCAUCUCCGGCUUGAGCUCGCCCGCGGUGCUCACUGACGACGGGUUCAUGAACUUUGCGCACGCGCUGGGGUACUCGGAGGAGUGUCUCGAUCUCCAUGCGGGCGGCGCGCAGAGCGCAAAUCUUGGCGACGGGAAUGGGUGGGUGGACCAGCUUAUUGAGAUCCGCGAGGAUUAUGGGAGCACGGCGGUUGGUACCUGCCUCGAGAGUCUGGUCGGGGGGAACCAUUUCCGAGUGUGGCGCCAGAAUGGAAGCCUGGCGGAUAGCGGGGCGUUAUUCCUAGCAGUAUCGAAGGAAGAGGACGUCUUCGAAAGCCACACGAUCGUGCCGGACGGGUACGAUAUCGGGCGGAAUCUCCUCGCCCAAGCGGCGGUAGGCACGACGAGCUACGGCGGGGUCACGUACAGCACGACCGCGCGGAACGUCACGGGGCUCAUCGCGCCCGGCUCGGACGGGGUGAACCACGGGAUCGCGCAGGAUGGCAUCGUGACCGUGUUGACGGUGGAGAUCGUCUCGUGAUGGGGCCCGGCCGGAGGUUUGUGCUUGUAUAGCGUUGGUUAUGUCGCUGUCGUUGUUUCUGAGGUAUAUCGACUAUGGGUGUGG